UUUGAACUCACUGAGAUCAAUGAAAAUAUGCUGAAUGUGCCAAUAAGUUGUGUGAAUAUUGUUCACAGUCCGGAUCUAGAAAAUAUACAAACACUUUUAAAUUACUAUGAAUUGAACGAAACAGAUGCAUCAAAUGAUCUCGAUGAUUCUAAGCAGAAUGUCGACACGAUGACAGAUGAGAAUUUAAAGGAUACUACUGAUUCACCUGAAGUUAGUUGGGAGGUGGCAGAAGGUCAGUAUCUUUCACUCGGUAGUUUCACAUAA